GACCACUUAAAAGGCAAUUUACGAAUUCGAAUUGGCGUCCAUCCGGAGCCCAGCGCCGCUGAAAACGGAUAUGGGCACAACGAGGCGCACAACUGUAGCCGCUCCUUCCUCCUCACAGGAAUCCGAUCAGGGUUUUGAAUCCCGGCAACCUCGAUCACCACGCAAAUCCUCGAGAAAAAGCAGCGCUGCUGCCGUUGUUAGAAGCCAGCGCACAGUAAUUGAAACAUUUAAUGAAGAGGGUGAAGAAGAAUCCGAGUACAAUCCGAGGGCUUUUCCAUACCAUGUAAAACAAGCGUGCUGGGAAAAGGCAGAUAAGGUGAAGGGCAGGGACCCUGACAGAUGGCGCCGUGAUCCACUCGGCAAUAUCGUUUUUCGUAAGCUCGUUGGCUGCUCUGGCUGUCUAUGCCAUGACUAUGAUCACAUUGUUCCCUAUUCUAAGGGUGGAAAAAGCACCGUAGAAAAUUGUCAAGUUCUGCAGGCUAGAGCUAAUCGGGUCAAAAGUAACCGGACUGAUAUGUCAACUACAGAAUUGAUUCAAAAGAGUGCUUACUGUCGCAUUUCAGGAAGAGACAUGGACUUCGUAGAACUUUCAGCCUAUGGCACUGUGCAUCAUGGACAGGAGUCAGGAGGCUGCAGAAUACAGUAGAUUUUUUUGUUCCAUCCUCAGUUCAGCAAUUCGGGUAUUCAGCUUCAUUUUUAUUUUGAAGGCGGCUGGCUAUCUUUAUCCAGUAGAAAAAGGGGAGGGUGUAUGGUGAUUUUAUUUUUUCAAAAAUUCUGUUGCCCUUAAGCAUUACAUGGGGAAAGCUUAGUUCAGCUCUAAAGUAUGAUUUUUGAAAAAGUUUAUGGACCAAAAUUUUAGAAUGGAUAUCGUCUAUACAUGGAUAUUCAAGCAUGGACCAAAAUUUUAGAAUGGAUAUCGUCUAUACAUGGAUAUUCAAGCAUAAAUGACAUACUCAAGUGAAAUUUAACGUUUACUCUAUUUAUUUUUAAUUAUCAUUUUUUUUUUGA